CUAAGACAACAGAGAGCCAGUUUAAACUCGCUGUCUUACAUACAGUACAGGAGCUUUCAGCUCUAUUUCUUUCUUCAUCCUACUGGUGUUUGGUGACCAUCCGGAAGAGAUCACAUUGCUUUAACAGCAGAUCUGGACAUCAGUUAAGCACAGUGGCCCACAGUGAACUGAAGUGCAAGGCUUCAGGAGGUUCGGGACAGGUCACAGGUCAGUCUACUAAUGUCAGGCCAGAUCAGGUCUGCCAGUCAUGCGGACUGUCGGGUCACUGAGGAAUGCCAGGUUCCAGCCGACGUGGAGUUGAUGGAACUGGGUCCCCUGCUGGAGGAGGAUGGCACCCUUGGAGCUGCAGAAAUCCAAUCAGAGGCAACAAGUGGUCUUGCGGAUGAUGAAGAUGAGGAUGAAGAUGUGGGAGAUGUUCUGACUCUACCACUACAGGCUCACCAUGCAAUGGAGAAGAUGGAGGAGUUUGUGCACAAGGUCUGGGAGGGUCGCUGGAGAGUCAUUCCCUUUCACAUCCUACCGGAGUGGCUAAAAGACAAUGACUACCUCCUGCAUGGUCAUCGGCCGCCCAUGCCCUCCUUCCGUGCCUGCUUUGGGAGCAUUUUUAGAAUUCACACAGAGACCGGGAAUAUCUGGACUCAUUUGUUGGGGUUAAUCUUAUUCUUGUGCCUGGGCACACUUACCAUGCUGAGGCCCAAUAUGUACUUCAUGGCCCCCUUGCAGGAAAAGGUGGUGUUUGGCAUGUUCUUCUUGGGUGCAGUGCUGUGCCUCAGCUUCUCCUGGCUUUUCCACACCGUCUACUGCCAUUCUGAGAAAGUGUCUCGCACUUUCUCAAAACUAGACUACUCUGGCAUUGCUCUGCUGAUCAUGGGCUCUUUUGUGCCCUGGCUUUACUACUCCUUCUACUGCUCUCCUCAGCCACGUCUCAUCUACCUCACAAUCGUCUGUGUGCUGGGCAUUGCAGCCAUCGUCGUCGCCCAGUGGGACCGUUUCUCCGCGCCCCGUCACAGGCCCACCAGAGCAGGUGUAUUCAUGGGUCUCGGACUGAGUGGGAUUGUCCCCACCAUGCACUUCACCAUAGAGGAGGGGUUUGUCAAGGCCACUACAGUUGGACAGAUGGGCUGGUUCUAUUUAAUGGGCGCCAUGUACAUCACAGGUGCUGGGCUGUAUGCUGCACGGAUCCCUGAGCGCUAUUUCCCGGGCAAGUGUGAUAUUUGGUUUCACUCACACCAGAUAUUCCAUGUGCUGGUGGUGGCAGCAGCCUUUAUUCAUUUCUACGGAGUCUCCAAUCUGCAGGAGUUCCGCUAUGGUCUUGAGGGAGGCUGCACUGAUGACACUCUUCUCUGAGGGCUCCGCCCCACACACCCAUCCCUAUUUGAUAUAGGAUUUCAAUUAAUAAAAAUAAUCCUUAUAUUUUUUCAUUCUGUUACAGCUUAUGAGCAAUGCAUGGAUGUAAGGAUGGGGUUGAGCAAAAACCACUCUCUUUACAAAAAGUCCAGGAAUAUUAUUUUAUUUGAUGAAAGAUUUUGUGUGUGGUUAAACAAGUAUCUUAUGGCUGGAACAUGACCC